CUCAAGGAGACACAAGCAUGAGGAAGACAGCGUCCUUCUUCCUGAUGGUUUCAUAUCUCCUCAUACUGAUCCAUGGGGCCAGGUCUCAACAUCUGCCGUCUGCCGCCCAGCUUGUUCCCGCCAUGACGGAGUCGCACGCCGCACACCUCCACAAUAUCAAG